UCGGAACUUCUUCCAGAGAAAGCUAGCCAGCUCACACUCAUUGAACAAUGAAAAAUGAGCUACGAACUCGAAAUGUGGACCAUCCAGGUCUCCCUCAUUCUGAGCUUUCUGUGUGGAAGAGGAUUAGGAGGAGCAGCCAGAGGAGAGUGUGAAUGGGGUGUCAGUCUUUGUGAAAUCGGUGACCCCCUCAACCGCAUUUCAACCUGUAACUUUGAAAGUCCUCUGACCACCCUGUCAGGAGGCAUAGAGAUGCAGCAGUUCAGCACCAAGGUUCAGGACAUUAUAAAGACUCUGACUGACCAGCCAGUCAACACCCAGGAGAGUACCACUAGUUAUCUUGGUUUCCCUUACUACCUACGCAUAGACCUACUGUGUGGUUCAAAGGAGUCUUCUAAGCGUGCCAUUCGGGAGGCCCUUCUCACAGGGUUGACCCCCAAUGUAGUCCUGACCUUCCAGGAACCUGUCCACCCCAUCCGACUCAAAUCGCAGAGACUGCAGAUCAUCCUUACCACAGCCCCCCUGCUGGACAGUGUGCCCUGUGACAGCGACCUGUGCCAGCUGGGUUGGUAUGCUCCCAUGCCCAUCCUUAAUGGGUCGGUAGUAUACAGGGUUCAAGUGGUGUCAAAUGGCCAGGGUCAACUGGUGCCUGAGAGAAGCUUUGCAGUGAAUGUUAAUGGCUAUGUGCGCACCACUGACAGAGGGGAGACGGAGAUCUCCUUUGGUACGGAGAUGCCCGCACUGGAGGACAUGAUGGUUUUGGGCAGUCCCUCUCGCCCUCUAUGGGCAGUGGUGCAGAGUUCUCCCGUCCUCAUCCUCCCUGGUAUUCCUGGCUUCAAGGCUGUUCUGAUGACCGCCACAGAGUUCCAGCACACCUCCCCCAUCGAGGUGGGCAUCGAGAGCUGUUGGGCGGGCUCCCUGAACUGCCCCCAGGUGGAGUUCUCCUCCAUGAUCUUGGAGGCAAUCUCCACAGAGAGCUCCCUGUUCAUCCGCCAGAACCAGCUGCUGCACCGCUUCGUGGGCAACUUCUCUCUGCUGCCUCUAAGAGCCCCGCCCUCAGAGGCGUGGCAGCAGGUGCUGCGCACAGUGUGUGUGUCCCGCAUGGUGCCUGUGUUCAUCCCGUACCACGGCACCGAGUACUUCUACAUCCUGGGAGGAGGCUGGCAGAAGGGCACCCUCUACAGGGCCCAGGUCUACGAUGGGGAUGUGACGUUUACUCAGUUGCUAGACUCCAAGGGCAGCACUGCUUGCGAGUUUAUGAACAGUAAAGCCUGCCAGGUCAAAUGGGCAGCCCAGGAUUCUUCCCACAACCACCUGAUUGACUUGGUUCUCCUCGAACUGCUACCGGACAAUAAACAGGCCCACUCCUACCACCUCCUCAUAUUAGACAAUGAUUUCCACCUUGGCGACACCUUGCCCAAGUAUAUACCAAAAGGCAGUGGAGACUCGUUCACGGUGGUGACCAAGACUCAGGAAAAUGUCACAGUGACUCUGCACUUGAGGGGCAUGGUGUUCAACCCCAUCAGUGCCAUCCUCUACAUCUGGGGCAACGCUCUGCUCUGCUCUCAAGACCAGGGGAUGAGCUACCUGUUCUUUAAUGGCUUCCCUCUGGAUCAGAUGAUCAAGUACUUCACUCUGUCCUACCACGGAGAGUUCGCCUUCGUCACAGAGACCGAAGAGUUGUGGUGGGGGCAGGAGGGCGUGGACCAGGUAAUGCGAGUGCGCCCCUCCCUGGGCUGGCAGGCCUUCUCUAGCCUGCAGGCUCUGAAGGGCGACAGCUCCUACUCCAUGACCCACAGCCUGCUCACUGUCUUCUACGACUGGGACAAACAGUUGCAGGAGGUGGUUUACACAGUGGACUCUAAGGGAAAGGGUUCUGUGGUGAAGAGGGAGCUGCCUGUGCCAGAGAUACUUUCCUAUAGCCACUUCUCGACCACCCCCCCGCAAAGUCCACCACUUGGAGUCGUUCAGUGCCUUCUCUUUUCCCCUGACCUGCCCCUUCUUCUGGGAGCACAUGGCAGACCUGCCCCACCCAGAGCCCUACAACCGCAUCCAGCAAUACCUGACCCGGCCCCCCCCUGGUGCCCACCUCCUUGGGCCUCCAGACCACUGCCUCCCUGGCCACCUACCAGGGCCUGCUGCACCACCUGCUCCAACUGCACUCGGACUACAUCAUGGACAUUGGUGACCCCGUCCAUAACCCAACCUGGCGCUGGUGGAAGGACAAAGUUAUAUAUGCGGUCAGAUUCUUCUUCUAAGACCCUUAAUACCAAUCAUGUCCUCUUGGCUCCCCAGGACUACUACUUCUACAUGGCUAGCAACGGCGUGUCGUCCACAGGCUUCAACGUGGAGAUUGGGGGCUACUCCCGGGCCUACAUGAGUUCGGAGAUCACCUUCCCAGACAUGGUGUACCUGGACCGGGUCUCCUCCUUCUCCUUCUCCAUCUACAUCGCCUGCGGCUCAGCCAAACACCUCUCUGUGGAGGAGAAACCCCGAGAGCUCAGUGACAUCAACUACAUCUGGCUCUCAGCUGAGGUAUCCAACAACCGCUACAUCCAUGUGUCUGUGACCAGGAACGAGCUCUUCAACAGAGGGGCCGUGUUAUAUAAGGUGACUGUGAAAGACAGGGGGCUGUUUCCCGGUCAAGUGCUGGCGGGUGAGGGGCUCCUGGCUUUCAACCUCCUGCUCAGGGUGAGAUGCGAACGGCGAGGGCCUGGAACAAUAUGGCUCAUAUAUUUGACAGGGAAUGCUACAACUCUGAAUGUUUGGAGAUGUUUUAUGAGUAGUGUUGUUGAGUCUUCUAUCCACCAGGUGUCUCUCUCUCUCUCUCUCUCUCGAACUGAUGUGUGAAUGCAGGUGAGCAGCUCGGAGAUGAAGUGCUACCAACAGAAAGACCAGGGGAUAGCCCUUAGAGGGCUGCACAGGGUGCCCAUCUACAUUGGCUGCCCUCCCGGGAACCGCCUGGCGUUUGACAUCACAACCACCCUGGAGCAGUGUGCCAACAACAACAAGCGCUACUUCAACUGCCCCAAACCCGACCCCAUCAUGCCUUGCUUUUACUACGAAGACCUGUUUUAUCCCUUCUUCUUGAUCCAGGACAUGGUCUCUGGAGAGUCCGAGAGAUUCCUCGGGAGCUAUACCUUUAAGGUGGUUGGCGGAGGAGCUUACUCGAAAGAUCACAUCCGCCUCUACACUCCAGAGGAGGUGCUUAUGUAUAACAGCCUCAACUACAGCUCCCAGAGGACACUGGUCUGGAUGUUUGAAGACAUGGACAGCAGUGUUAAUAUCACUAAGGAAGGAUUCGUGGUCAUGCAUGGCAAUACAAACAAGAUUCGGUGGAUGUGUCAGGGGAAAUCUCCCUGUGGCAACAUGGCAGCUCAGAGCCUGGAAGCACCAGACUACUACUUUGUCAUUGAAGUCUCAAACAAGGGUAUAGAUUUGAGUACGUACUGUGACUAUGCGUUGCGGUUUAUACUCCAUGUGCAUGGAUUCCCAUUGGACCCCAGCAGAGGUCUUUUCUACAUGCUGAUGACUCUGGCCACCAUCGUAGGAAUCCUCUUCUGCUUCAUUGUGUAUAACUGCUGUGGUCCAGGCUUGAAGAAUCUGUUAAAGGCAGCCUACCAUGCCACCAAGCACAGGAGCCACGCAGUGCAUGAAUCCGAUGUCUCACUGGCACCUAGUAUAGGGGAUGGAUUUCACAGAUCCAGGGAUUCAAGGCAGGGCUCAAGCCUAACAUCUACUAACUGAAAGAAGAAAAAAUUAUCACCAUAGUUCACCAUUCACUUUAUUUAAAAAAGAGGCAGUGUUAACAUGGUAUUUUAAUUUGUUUCAUAAUAGGAAAAGGUUCUUUGUUCUGAGGUCUAAUGUACUGAACAAAUUCAAAUGUUUUAAAAUAAAAAUCAAACAAUACACAC